AGCUCCACUACUUCAGAUCCAGCCAAGAUGCCCCCCAAGGUCGACCCCAACGAGAUCAAGAUCAUCUACCUCCGUGCCACUGGUGGUGAGGUCGGUGCCUCUUCCGCUCUUGCCCCCAAGAUCGGUCCUCUCGGUCUUUCUCCCAAGAAGGUCGGAGAAGAUAUCGCCAAGGCUACCGGUGACUGGAAGGGUCUCCGUGUCACCGUCCAGUUGACCAUCCAGAACCGUCAGGCUGCUGUCUCCGUUGUUCCCUCCGCUUCUUCCCUCGUCAUCCGUGCCUUGAAGGAGGCUCCCCGUGACCGCAAGAAGGAGAAGAACAUCAAGCACAGUGGUAACAUCGAGCUCUCCGAGAUCAUCGAGAUUGCCCGUACCAUGCGCUUCAAGUCUUUGGCUCGUGAGCUCAAGGGUACCGUCAAGGAGAUCCUCGGUACUGCUUUCUCCGUUGGAUGCACUGUCGACGGUCAGAACCCCCACGACCUCCAGGCUGCCAUCGACGCUGGUGAGGUUGAGAUCCCCGAGGAGUAA